GGUGAGACUGUGCAAUAUGCACUGGGGUCUGAUACUGUGUUUGGAAUGAAGCGCUUUAUUUCAUAUGUCGCCUCGUUUGAACAAGAGAGGGAAAACUAAUUGAAUCUCUAUAAUAAUUAGUCUCUCUCUCCUCACCCGUCGCUCUAUCUAAUAAACUGGUUUAGUCCAUGCACUAUACUAGCAGCGCUUUGCCCGUGACGAGGGAGAUUAACGACCAAAAAGAUAAGGGGUAAAACAUCAGCAUUGGAAACGUUCUCUCUGCGUUCUCUACCAGGUGUUUCUGGCUGCGCAUUAAGCGCCGUCCACAACCACCUGCCUCUGCGCCACUCUUCAUGUGCAUGGUCCCUGCUUUUGUGGGAUGGUGCAAAACGGCUUUUAGGGAAACAGCUACGCGUUAGUUAUGAUGCUGAUGAAAUGCCACUAUUUGUGCUGUACGAGAGUGGAACAUGUGUCUCAUCAUUUUUUGUUGAGGACUGCUUUUUCUUUCCGGAGAUAAGAUGCACCGUUACCGAGCUACGCCCAACAAAACCAUCAGAAAUACUAUCAACUUACAGAACAUUUAAUUGGCAUCAUUUUGAAGAAGAGUGGAGGUACUUUUUUACGCACUGACUGCAUUUAGAAUUUAAUAUAUUUAUUUCACAAUUAACGAGCAAUGACUGCGCUUUGCAUUUGAGGACUCUUUUGAUGAUCACUGCUCCUUGAGAAAGAUUUUCAAUAAAACAUCUUGGGCUUGGGAGGAAGAGGUAGAGAAGAACAUUUCUCAUAGUCUGGAAGUUUUCUCCGGAAAACCGUCAAACUGGCCAUGGCUGCAGCGUUAGCCAGCUCCCUUAUUCGGCAGAAAAGGCAGGCGAGGGAGCGGGAGAAAUCUAAUGCCUGCCGCUGCGUUAGCAGCCCGAACAAGACGAAGCCAUGCGAGAAACCGAGCCGGCUGUCUAUGUUCUCUCGGGUCAAACUCUUUGGCUCCAAGAAGAGGAGACGGAGGCGACCAGAACCCCAGUUGAAGGGGAUCGUGACGAAGCUGUACAGUCGACAGGGCUUCCACCUGCAGCUGCAAGCAGAUGGCACCAUUGACGGGACGAAGGAAGAGGACAAUGGCUACACCAUAUUCAACCUCAUUCCAGUGGGGCUUCGAGUUGUGGCCAUCCAGGGAGUGCAGACCAAGCUCUACCUGGCCAUGAACAGCGAGGGCUUCCUGUACACAUCAGAACACUUCACCCCGGAGUGUAAGUUCAAAGAGUCAGUGUUUGAGAACUACUACGUGACCUACUCCUCCAUGAUCUACAGACAGCAGCAGUCUGGUAGGGGCUGGUACCUCGGUCUGAAUAAAGAGGGGGAGAUAAUGAAGGGAAACCAUGUGAAGAAGAACAAGCCAGCAGGCCACUUCCUCCCCAAGCCUUUGAAAGUGGCCAUGUACAGGGAACCCUCCCUCCACGACCUGACAGAGUUCUCGCGCUCUGGCAGCGGCACGCCCACCAAGUCCCGGAGCGCCUCGGCCGUGCUCAACGGAGGCAAGACGGUGAGCCAGAACGAAUCCACGUAGCCGGGUGGUGGCACGGCGGGCCGGGGCGGACGUUAGAAGAAGACACCUUACCUCCAGAAGAGUGUGACUUCCAAGCAGACUUCUCUCUCCAAAACCAUCGGCGGUUCAGGACAACAUUACGACUACUAAACACCACCACCAACCAAUCACCACACUCAUUAGGUUCCAUUCAAACAUUAUUUAUUUAUCUUUCAUCACACCGUCAACAGCCAACCAAAUUACACCAUGAACUUUGUUUGCAAAACGCUAGGCAAUUUUGAAACGUCAUUUGAGAACACAAUUUUCUGUUGGCCACUCUGGCCACUAACCAGUUAGCUCAUCUUUUAAGGUUUUUUACUUCCUGCAGAUAACGACUUAUUUUACUUAUAGGUCCUGAUCAUAUAGACACCUACCCGGUCAUAUCCUACCCGGUCAUAUCCUACCCGGCAGGCAGGCAGGUAGAGAGGCAGGCAGGCGGUCAGGGCAACCGGUGAAGGGCUGGGCUGCAGCUGGUAGAGAAGUGCCCUGUUUCUGUGUGUCAUCCAUGAUGCUUCUGUGAAUACGAAGCCAUUCCCCAUGAGGGGGUGCAGCCCUAGCGAAGCUGCCACCACAGCCAGAUAUAACAGUAGCUCUCCUGCACACGCUCAGAAGAGACUUGAACUCCCUAGCAUCCAAAAAAAUGAAGGGAAAAGCGGGUGGCACUUUGUUUGAGCGACAACGCCAUAGCUGCAUCUUUGCUUUACUAAUUUUCGAAAUUAGCGGAGAGCUUUUUCUUUUUUUCUCCCUCUUGUUCUCUCCCCCUCCUCAGUAUUUGUGUUUUUGUAGCCAUCUCCACAGUGAAAGGGGUUCCAGCACACCAAAGACAGAGCUGAAAGAGUGUCAAUUUAAGCUGUCAAGCCAAGUCAGUAUACAGGCGCAGCUGGAGGUGUUGAGUUAUUUUUCGAAUUGUACAUUUUUGAUUAGAGAAAGAAAGAAAUGUGAACAAAGAGAAUGAGGAAGACAGGAAAAUGGAAUGAAAAUGGAAAAAGGUGAGGAAAAAACAGGGGAUGUUUUAGCCCAUGGGAAUAGGAAGGCUUGUCAAUGUUCUAGAAAGUGUUUUUGCUGAAGGGAAAGAGACUACAUAUUACUGGUGAACUCUAGGGUUGAGUUAAGGUAUGAAUCGACUGUUCAAUGUCCUUCUGUUUCUGUUGUGUCACAUUGUAUUCCGUCUUCAGUCCCCAUGGUCUGUUCUCCAAUCCAGUGCUUGUGACAUGCCUUGCCCCCUCCCCUUUUGUUGGCUCUUAUUGGCUGAUUCAGUUCACCAUAUAAGGAUAUGGUGAUGGCCCCAACCCAGGACUUGUUUCGUGUUUGAGUAACUUAUCGUGGUGACAAUUUUCUAAAAAUAAGAAAACAAUACUGUGGAAUUUUAGGUGGCUUAAACAUUUUAUAGGAUAUGUCAUAUUUGUAAAAGUAAAAAAACUAACUAAAAAAAACAUCAAACUCAUCCCUUUCUUGCACAAAAACACGGUUGUGUACAAAGACAACCCUUUUUGUGGGCUAAGUACUCUAAGUUUCCCUUCGGCUACAUACCUUGUUCAUAUGGAACAUGCUACUGGGAAGCUUGUUUUUUUCCUUUUGUUUCCUUAGUUUUUUUAGGUGAACCUCUGUUGCAUGGGAGACAGCAGGUGAAUUCUGGACUACAGAGCUAUAGUGCAUGAUGUAAGCUAUGUGUAUUAACCCCAUGUUGGAUCAUGUGUUCCAAACUACCAGGAUAAAACUGAAAAACAACCAGUUCAGCCUGCUACCUUCCAAGUUAUUUAUUAUUUGGUGUCUGCACAAAAUGCACUGAAUAAAAUGUUUAUAUUAAGAUAUACUUUUAAAA